AUGACGGCGCCGGCUGCAGGCGCGGCCCGCCCGCUGUUUCCCGAGGUGUACGUCCAGCUCAAAGCGAGAAAAAGCUUCAGUUUGAAGAAGAACUUACUUUAUUUAAUUCAUUUUCUGCAUUUUAUUUCGUAUUUCAUGUCGACAGCGGACUGCGUGCUGCUGCAGCGCCCGCGAGGCGCCCCCCCGGGCAGCUCAGGUGUACAUACACCGCAGGUGACCGCAGCAGCAGCAGCAGCAGCAGCAGCAGCUGGCCAGCAGCAGCCAAUUAACUCUUUCUUGUCUUUUGCAGAAGCAGCGCAGCAAACAGAACAGCAGACAGAGGCCCAAGAAGACAAAGAAAAGGAACACAAGGAAGCUGCUGCUGCUGCUGCUGCUGCUGCUGCUGCAAACCCGCCAGCAGCAACAGCAGAAGCGCCGGCCGCAGCAGCAGCUGAGACCGCGGCUGCUGCUGCUGCUCCGGAGGAAGCAGCAGCAGCGGAAAGCCCAGCAGCAGCAGCAGCAGCACCAGCAGCAGCACAAAGCCCAGUAGCAGCAGCACAAAGCCCAGCAGCAGCAGCACAGAGCCCAGCAGCAGCAGCAGCAGCAAAAAGCCCAGCAGCUCCCCCCGGGGCUGCCUAUGAGCAGGGCUUCCGUGAGCUGCUGCAGCACAGCAAGGAGAUAGCGGAAACCCUAAAAAAGGGUUUAGGGGCUGCUGGUGGUUUGAAUGCAGCAGCAAAAAUCCAAACGGAGUUAAAGAGGGAAAUAGAAAGAGACGUGGAUGCCCUGAAGGCCACGCUGCAGCAGGAACACGAGAAUCUGCUGCUGCUGCAGCAGCAGCAGCAGCAGCAGCAGCAACUGCUGCGCUCGCAGCUAGGCCAUGUCCUUCCGGUGUACAUGCAGGUGCAAACCCCACAAGCAGCAGAAAGGAAAACCGAAAAUGCUAAUAUAAGCAGCAGCAGCCAGCAGCAGCUCACUUCCGCUGCUGCUGCUGCUGCUGCUGCUGCUGCUGCAGCAACUGCUGCUGCUGUGUCUUUCUCUUUCUUCUUUUUGCUCUUCUAA